GCUAAUGGUAUAGGUAGGACAAUUUAAAAAGGAUCAGAUUAUAUAACAAAUAUUUUUGAUUAUAGAGAUGGUGAAGAUGAUGAAAAUGAUGGUGAAAAUGAUAAUAAAAAUGAUGGAGAAAAUGAUGGUAAAAAUUAUGUAGAUAAUGAAAAAAAUAUAAAUGAUAUAAAUAAAUAAAUAUAAAACACAUAAAAAUAAUAAGAAAUUAAACUUAAAGAUAUUUAAAAAGACAUUCAAAAAUAAUAAGAUACAUCUACUCAUUAAAAAUCUUAAAUUUAAUAAAAAAUUAUUGCACCAUAAAAAUUAUCAGAAUAAUAAACAAAUAAAAAUAUAAUAUUAGAAAAAAAUUCAGAUAAAAAUAAUGAAACUAAAAUCAAAAAAAAUUCAGAUGAUCCAAUAUAAAAGAAAAAUGAUAUAUAAUAAGAGAAAUCUUAUAAAAUCUAAAACACUAAAAAAAAUGAAAUUAAAUAAGAAAAUGCUCAUAAAAUCUAAAACAUGAAAAAAAACAAUUAAAAAAUUGAUAAAAUUGAUAUCUAAAAAAGUCUAAAAUUACCAAAAUCAACAGAAAAUGAAAAAUAAAAUUUAAUAAAUAAACCUGAUAAAUCUCAUAAUAGUAAAGAUUAAAAACGAUAAAAAGAUUAAAAACUAUAAAAGAUUAAAAAAGCAACUAAAAAAUACCAAAACUCGAUAAAAAAACAACCGAAAAAAAUAAUAACCAGAAACUUUAAAAAAACACUAAUCAAAGAAUAAACAUGAAAAUAAAAAUUAAGUCAUAC